AUGUCUGGAAUUGAAGCAGCUGGUCUAGGAUUAGGAGCUGUAUCUUUAACCUUCCAGGUUUUCUCAGGAUGCAUCAAAGGCUAUCAGUUACUGUCGGAUGCCAAAGGCAUGCCAGCAGAGUGCCAGUACCUGCGCGUUCGGCUGAAGACCGAGCAAUACCGACUACUUGAUUGGGCCCAUGUGGCGCGCUUAACAGAGCGGGAUGAAGAACUCCUUAUCAGCAAUGCCAGCAAAGGCAUGUUACUACAGGUCUUGGACCAGCAGGAGCAGUUGCUACUCCGCUUCGGAAGCAUCGAUGAGAGAUGCAAGAAACUGCGACCGCCGCUUCUGUCUGAGAUUACGAACCCGAAAGAAGUGGGACUCCUGGAGCAGCCACCUGCUUACACUUCACGAGUCUCAACCAUCGUCUCGUCGGGUGGACAGAGUGCAGACUCAGCCUUCGAAACACGCUUUCCGCAGUCAGAGUCCCUGUUGAGGAAGUCGUUGGCAUGGGUGGAGAGCCGCCGCAAGUACCCUGCUCAGCUGAAAUGGGCGGCCUGGGAGAAAGCUAAAGUCGAGGACUUACUUGUGAAGCUGACAGCCUUCAACGACGUGAUGAAAGAGCUGCUCACUGGCCUGCAACUCCAGCAACUGGCCGUUAAGCAGACUAGGACAGAGUUUCAGAUCGUGCAGCUACACAGCAAAGUCGACCAGCUCAUCGAACUGUUUCAGUCAACCGCCGUGUUAUCGGGCAUGAACAACAGAGCGUCUGCAGGGCGAUUGCACGCCUUCUUGCAGUUGAACAUUAUGAAUGAACCUGCGGAUUCGGUACCGCAAAACACAGGCCUGCAAAACCUGGCGACUCUCGCCCAGGUCAAAGCCAUGAAUUCGGCUAUUGACAGCGGAACACUCAACGAUGAUACGACGACCGAUCUGGAAGUGGGUAAAUCUAGGGACGAGAUCGUGUCAGUCGAGCUCCAACGGAAAGACAUCCAGCUCCUGGACGAAGCCAAAGACGGUUCUCUCGAUGCGCGUGUGGAAGCCAUCUACCAAGACCCUGCCACAAAGAAGAAACAGCAAGUCUGGAUCGAGUGGAAACCAUACGACCCCCGACCCUUCGACAACGGCCUCGACAACGGCCCCGACGAACACAUCCUACGACGGAUCAAAGCCCUCGCUGCCCUUCUCAAAUGGAACGGCCACACCGACCGCUUCCGCGCACCGCACUGUCUUGGCUAUUUCCUUGACAAGGACGACGACAACAACGGCGACGACCGCUGUCGCUUUGGACUGGUCUUUGAGAAGCCCAAGGAAGCCUUCCCGCAAACCAAGCCGCGAUCGCUGCUGGAGCUCCUUAAGGAUCAAACCCUCAAGAUGCCGAGCUUGACAGCCCGCAUAGCGCUGGCCCGCGCCACUGCGCAGUGUAUCGAGCGUCUGCACGCUGUCGACUGGCUACACAAGGGCCUCCGCAGCCACACUAUCCUGUUCUUCGCAGGCAGCAGCGACGAGAUUGACUUCAGCAAGCCGUAUGUCUCGGGUUUCGACUACUCCCGCCCAGUGCAGAAUGAUGACAUGACGGAGCGGCCGCCGGAGAAUCCGGCGCAUGACUUGUAUCGCCACUCGCGUGUACACGGCCUGAUUUCACGGGAUAUGGGUGGAUCCGGGUACAAGAAGAGCUAUGAUAUCUACAGCCUAGGUAUCAUCUUGCUGGAGAUCGUUCACUGGAAGCCAAUCGACGAGAUUCUGGGGAUUGAAGACUUGAAGAAGGUCCGCCCGAAUAUAACGCGUGAUGUCAGGAAGCGUCUGCUGGGCGAAGAAGACUUCUUGUGGUAUGUGAAAGCAAACGUUGGGAACACGAUGGAGGGUGUAGUCAAGGCUUGUUUGCAGGGGCCGGAGGCUUUUGAUAUUGAGGAUGGAGCGGACGAGAAGGACGAACUUGUUGGUGAGAAAUUGCAAAGGGAGUUCUAUGAUAAGGUAGUGAUGAGGCUGGAAAGCAUGAUUGUGUAG